GCGCCGUGGCGGCGGCAGCAGCGGCGGCGGUCGUGGCUGCGGCCGGGGGAAGUGAAUGGUUUUACCCAGAGGGCCCUGCGCCGCCUUUCUCCGCUGGCACCGGCGCCGCUCCCUGCUCCUCCUUCCCGGCCAUGGCGUUCACGUUCGCGGCCUUCUGUUACAUGCUGGCGCUGCUGCUCACCGCCGCGCUCAUCUUCUUCGCCAUCUGGCACAUUAUAGCAUUUGAUGAACUGAAGACUGAUUACAAGAAUCCUAUAGACCAGUGUAAUACCCUGAAUCCUCUUGUACUUCCAGAGUACCUCAUCCAUGCUUUCUUCUGUGUCAUGUUUCUUUGUGCAGCAGAGUGGCUUACACUGGGUCUCAAUAUGCCCCUCUUGGCAUAUCAUAUUUGGAGGUAUAUGAGUAGACCAGUGAUGAGUGGACCAGGACUCUAUGACCCCACAACCAUCAUGAAUGCAGACAUUUUAGCGUACUGUCAGAAAGAAGGCUGGUGCAAAUUAGCUUUUUAUCUUCUAGCAUUUUUUUACUACCUAUACGGCAUGAUCUAUGUUUUGGUGAGCUCUUAGAACAACACACAGAAGAAUUGGUCCAGUAAGUGCAUGCAAAAAGCCACCAAAUGAAGGGAUUCUAUCCAGCAAGAUCCUGUUUCCAAGAGUAGCCUAUGGAAUCUGAUCAGUUACUUUAAAAAAUGACUCCUUAUUUUUUAAAUGUUUCCACAUUUUUUGCUUGUGGAAAGACUGUUUUCAUAUGUUAUACUCGGAUAAAGAAUUUAAAUGGAAUUACGUAUAAAUUAAUAUAAAAUGAUUACCUCUGGUGUUGACAGGUUUGAACUUGCACUCCUUAAGGAACAGCCAUAAUCCCUUGAAUGAUUGCAUUAAUUAUUGACUAUCCUUAGUCCAUUGGAAGCUUUUGUUAUAUAUAGGAACUUGUAGGGCUCAUUUUGGUUUUAUUGAAAUGCCAUCUAAUUAUAAAUUAGCUGUAGAUGUCAGGUGCUUCUGAUGAACUGAAAAUAUAAUCUGACUUGUGGGAAACUUCAUGGGUUUCCUCAUUUAUCAUGUAUGUGAUUAUAUAUGGACACAUUUACAAAAUAAGAAGAGUGGGAUUUUUUUUCCCUUCAACUUGAAUAUUAUCCCUGUAUAUUGCAUGAAUGAGAGAUUUCCCAUAUAUCCAUCAGAGUAAUAUACUUGCUUUAAUUCUUAAGCAUAAGUGAACAUGAUAUAAAAAUAUAUGCUGAAUUACUUGUGAAGAAUGCAUUUAAAGCUAUUUUAAAUGUGUUUUAAUUUGUAAGAUAUCACUUAUUAAGAAAUUGGUUAUUAUACUUACUGUUCUAAUCUGGUGGUAAAGGUAUUCUUAAGAAUUUGCAAGUACUUUAGAUUUUCAAAACUGAAUGAGAGAGAACAUUGUAUAACCGUUCUGCUGUUCCUUUAGUGCAAUACAAUAAAACUCUGAAAUUAACUUA